AUGUUUCAUACUCUACCUACUGCUAAGGAAAUUUGGGAUACUGUUAAUCAGAUGUUUUAUGAUGGCUCUGACAUAUCCCAGCUCUAUGAACUGUGGUGCCAUGCUACCCGUCUGAAGCAAGAGGGUCGUCCUGUCUCUACCUAUUUUGCCGAACUUAAGGCGAUCUGGCUUGAAUUAGACAAGAGACGUCCUUUUUAG